AGAGAAGGGGAUCUGGAUGUGGAACCAGAUUCCGAUACGGAGGAGAUGAGCUACAGGGUUGAGAGUCCUCCUCCUGCUGGUAGUGCCGUUUACAAAGCUAAAAUAAUCAAAUCUUUCCGUGAUAGGGCUAUCAAAGACGACCAUCCGCGCUGGGCCAAAGAGUAUUUGAAACUGCCCAAAGGGUACCGUCUCGUGAUUCCUGCUGAGGGGAGUGUGAUUUUGGAUUGUCCUCCUGAUCAUAUCGGCGUGUAUGCCCAUCAUCUAGAUUUCGGCCUCCGAUUUCCUCUUCAUCCUUUUAUAGAGAAGGUAUUCCGGGCUUGGAAUGUAUGUUUGGCGCAGGUAACGCCUCAGGUAGUGAGGAAUGUUGUGGCUUUUACCUGGCUGCUAUCUUUUAAACAAUGGCCCCAAACCAUUAACCUGUUUAGGCGGCUGAUUUGGUUGAAAAAGUACAAGAAGAAGUCUGGAUGGUGGUCUUUUUACACCAAGGCAAGCAAAAUGACAGUCAACCCCAAGCUGUCUAGCUGUAAAGAUUGGGAAAAGAAGUUCUACUGGUUGAGAGUGCCUUCUGAUUUCCCCAUUCGGACUCGCUUUCAUCUCCCCCGUCCUCAUAUGAACCAUUACCCCAUUCGGGAGUUGGGUUUCAGGGAGAAAAGGGCCCACCAGUUUGUGUCCUGUUUGCAUGUUGACACCGGUUUGCAGAAGUCUGUGACCGUUCCUAAGUACUGGUUGCCUCCUGCUAAGUAUAUUUUGGGAAAUGGGCCGCUGUCUGCAGUUGGCUUGUGCCACACCCAUACUCUUGGUCUGCAUACUCUCAACUUUGCUAUUCUCGGUUUGGGCAAAGACGGUCGUCCUACUACCAACAACCCUCCCAAUCCGAAAGGUGUGUUUUCUACUCUGUCGACCUACGCAACCCAAGCCAACAAAAAGCGUGGUUCGACUCGGGAGGAGGUUGCGAGUGAGUCUCCUGCUAAGAAGACAAAAAGAUUAAGCUCCAUACCAGCUCCCAAACCACUUUCCAUCCGUGCACCCACUGGAGUUGUUUUCAAAACGACUCAUACUGCUCCCGACAACCCUGCUCCAAAACCUGUCUUCAAGACCGUCCAUACUGCUCCUGACAUGGCUGGUGGUUUUAAAAGUUUGGAUUGCGGUCGUGGUGCUGCACUUACUGGCAGGCGUCCUCGCGAUCGUAACCAACCCUUCACUCGGGUGAAUCGGUCUCGAGUGGACGGUACUACACAGCCUGCCCCUGAUAAGUCUCAGCAGAAGUCUCCUGUGAAGGGUAUUGAAUCAGCUGCCGAUGCGAACGUCGCAGGCCAAGGGGGUGAUGCUGUUGAGAAUGUUGAGCCGAUAGCCCAACCAGACUUGAUGGUUGUGGAUCUUAUGACUCCAACCCGCCAGAAUCAGGAGCAAGAGGUUAAUGAUACUGAUGUUGCUGGUAUGGGCCAGAAGACUCCUCCUCUCAUGCCUCCUACUCUUCAUACCUCUUCUGGGUAUGUUCGCCCUAGCCAGAGCGCUGGUACCAGCUCUGGUCUGAACAUGGGUGUCUUCGUCCGUCCUGGAGAGUGGAUUGAGAAGACUCCGAUUUGCUUAACUCCCAGGAAGAUGAAGUACUUUGAGGUUCCUCCUGGUGAGCCUGACGAAUCCUGGAACCCUAAAAUUGAUCUUCUUCGUGGUGAGUCGAUACUCACCGAUGACUGCAAAGGAGGUGGUUGCAUGGGUUGGAGGGCUUUGAAGGAUCUGGCUACUCCUCGCGACAAUCCUGCUGCUGAGAUUGACGCGCCGGCUGCCCAAUAUAUGAAUGACUUGCUCAAGGAGCAGAAUGAAGACCUUCAGAAAAGGCAGGCUGAGCUGGAGAAGCAGGUGAAUGACGCCAGGCAAGAUCUGGACCAAAAAACUUCUGAGCUGAAAAGGGUGAAGCAACGCAACCAAGAGUUGGAGAAUGUUGCGAACAAACUGGAGGCAGAGGAGACCAAAAACAAAGAGCUGUCUGAGAAGUUGCUGGAGGCGGAUGAGAAGGCCAAAGCUGCUUACAAGACCGGUGCUCGGGAUGGUGCCUUGCGAUUUUCUCGGUCCCAGACCUAUAGUAAGCGUAUCACGGAUAGUCAUAACGGUGGCUGGUUUGCUGCCCACCGUUGUGGCGUUCAUGGUAUUGGCCUUACCAAGGAGGACUGUGAGGAUAUUGAGUAUGCUUUCCUGGUGGAGGAAAAGCACAGGGUACCAACCGGUUGGGAGUCACAGAUCAUUCCGGAGGAGAUCAUUCAGAAUGCUGAUCCCUUGACUCUCCCUCCCAUUGAGCUGAAGGAAGAAGACUACCUGGAUCCUGCCCUGCUGUCUUCCAGUACCAACCAGACGGAUCAUCAACAAGUUUGA